AUGGUAUGGCAUAGUAUUGAAUUAGAAAAUUUAACGCCGUAUAUUUGGACAACUGGUCCUGUAUUAAUAACAAAAUCAGAAACAGAACAAAUCAUUGGUCAAGAUACGUUAUAUUAUACAUUAAAAAAUCAUAAAACACUAAUCAAUUUAACACAUGCGGCAGAUGUUUAUGUUCAAUUAUUUGAAACAACAAGCACAUCCGAUAACAACAAUAAACAACAACAAAUAGAAAUAGGCAAAUCAGUUUUUGUAAAACAACAAAUAGAUAGUCAUAUAAAAAUACAAAAUACAAAAUCGGAGUCAAUUCGCUUAUUAGUUAAACAAUCAAAGGUUUGUGGUGAAAUAACAAAUUAUUCAUUAGAACCAAAACACAAUUUAGUUCAAGAUAUUACAAGUAAUGAUAUAAGGAGCAUAAUAAAUCAAGUACAUGCAUUAGAAUGGGAAUUAGAAUUAAAUGCAAAACAAACAACGGAUAUCACAUAUAAAAGAGUAGUUCACAAACGUAUUAAAUGA